CCUACCAAUUAUCCGUAUCGUUCCGUUAGUUAAGGCUUAAAACUGAGAAAAAUGUGUGAUUGGUCCGAGCUUGACCGUGAUCUUCUGGUUCUAGUUGUUAAGCGUGUUAAUUUGAUUGAAGAUUAUCUUAGUUUUGGUACUGUCUGCAAAUCCUGGCACUCUGUGGCCACAAAGGGUAAUUUUAAUAGCGAUUUGCCUAGGGUUCCAUGGCUAAUGCUAGCCGAGGAAGAGGAUGAUGACACAUGUAGGAAAUUCUUCAGUCUAGAAAAUGGGAUGAUUCUGAAAAAGAGUAUCCCUGGAGCUAGGGGAAAAAGGUGUGUUGAGUCAAUGGGAUGGCUUGUAACAGCCCCAAUAGGCCAGAAUGAAUUCACUCUGUUGCAUCCAUUUUCUGGUGUUGAAAUCCAGCUGCCAGAUCAAAUUCUAUACCCAAAGCAACAUCCGAGAAAUAAUGAAUAUUUUGGACCCGUCACUUUCCCACCAGCGAUCCCUAUCCAUAAAGCAGUUUUGUCAGCUAAUCCUUCUCAUACAUCUGACUACAUUCUAAUGGUCAUUCAGGGAGACUUCAGUUUCCUCAAUCUAUGGAGACCAGGUGAUUUGUCAUGGACCAGACUAUCGGCCUACAAUGGACAAAUUCUUGAUGUAGUAUAUUUCAAUGGCAAAUUUUAUGCAGUCGAUUAUAAGGGUUGUAUCUAUGUUUGUGAUGUCUCUGGCUCUGAAAUCGGUGAAAAUCAUCCCAUAGCGCAGCUAAAUCAACGUAUUGAUGGUAUUUAUUACAUCCUAGAAUCACUAGGAUCGUUAUUUGUAGUUGUGCAACAAUUUGUUGGUUUAUCGUACAAGUACGUCUCAGAUGAGGGGAUUCCACUGUCUCCCAUCCUAGGUGAAGAUGAUGAAGAGGAGACUGUCUCCAACACUUACAGGACAAAAAAAUUUCUAGUUUACAAGAUUGAUUUAGAUGCUUGCGAAGCUACGCCAACGAAGGAUUUAGGGGACAAAGCUUUUUUCCUGGGUCAUAAUUCUUCUAUUUCGGUUCAAGCUUCUCAAUUUCCAGGAAUCAAGCCCAAUCAUAUUUAUUUUACAGAUAAUUGUUUGUGUUUAUACCUCCAUCUUCGAGGAGGAUGCGGCUUGGACAUGGGGGUGUUCAACUUAGCAGAUGAAAGUAUCCAGCCACAUUAUGAUGGUGUUUCCCUCAGUCGUGUUUGUCCUCCAAUUUGGGUCACACCAAAUCCGUGUUGAGCAUCUGUUGAUCCAUCAAAUCUAGUUACAUCUGCUUAUAUUCAUAAGAUUUUGGGAAUCUUGCCGAGAAGCGCAAGAUUAUGACUCAAGUUAUUUUGGAUGUUCAAGAAUGUAACGUAAUUUCAGCUGCACAUCUAGUAUUGUUAAUGGCUGGUUGGUCGGAGCUUCUACAGGAUUUGUUGAUGUUAAUAGCUCAUUAUCUUGUCAUAUGUACUGUUCAAGUCGGGUUCACAUGUGUUUGUACUUCAUGGAGUCGAUCAUAGUGGUUGUAUCAAAGUUUGGGAUGUCGCUGGCUCUAAACUCGGUGAAAGUCAUACCGUAGCGCAGCUAAAUUCAUGUAUUGAUGAUCUUUAUUACAUCCUAGAAUCACUAGGAUCGUUAUUUGUAGU